AUGGAUGAUUACUUGCUGAUCUUGGGUUUUGUGAAGAGUCUGAGUGAAUCCACACUCUAUGUGAAGAAAGCAGGUACUACUAUUGUGAUUGUAUCUCUUUAUGUAGAUGACUUGCUGGUGACAGGAAGUGAUAAUAAUCAGAUAGAGGUGUUCAAGCAAGAAAUGAUGAAGGUGUUCGAGAUGGUCGAUCUAGGUCUGAUGCAUUACUUCCUAGGCAUGGAGAUUCAGCAAGGACAAAAUGAAGUGUUUCUCUGUCAGAAGAAGUACAUGAGAGAGAUAUUGAAGAGGUUCAAUAUGGAGGAGUGUAAGAGUGUGAACACUCCGAUGGUUCAGAAGGAGAAGUUGCAGAAGGAUGAUGAGGAGGAUCCUACAGACGAGAAUGUGUACAGAAGUCUAGUUGGAUGUCUCAUGUAUCUCACAUCCACUAAGCCUGACAUCAUGUACACUGUCAGUGUCUUAUCUAGAUUUCUUCACUGUGCAAGCAAGAAUCAUAUGGUUGCUGGAAAGCGGGUUUUGAGAUAUCUUAAAGGUACACUAUCUUUUGGGAUAAAAUACAAUAAAGUUGAAAAUUUUGAGUUGCAGGGUUACUCAGAUAGUGAUUGGGCUGGGUCAUUAGAUGAUAUGAAGAGCACAUCUGGCUAUUGUUUCACUUUUGGAUCAGGGUGUUUUUCAUGA